AUGCCGUCUGAGGUUGAAGUUGAGGUUAGUAAAGAUGAUGAUGAGAUCGAGGUUACUGGAGAGUUUGAGAAUGCUACAGAGAAGGAAGUGGAGAUAACCCAGAACGUUGUUCCCAUGCCUAGACCUGCACCUCCAUUCCCAAAGAGAUUAGUGAAGAAGACUGAAGAAGGGAAAUACCACAGAAGCCUUGUAGAAAAUGCCUGGAAAAAAGAGGAUCCUAGUGCCUUUACUAUUCCAUGUACCAUCGGGUUGCUGCAUUUUGCUAAGGUGCUAUGUGAUUUGGGUGCUAGUAUUAAUCUGAUGCCAUUGUCUAUUUACAAGAAAUUGGGUUUGGGAGAUCCAAAACCGACUGCGAUGCGAUUGCUCAUGGCCGAUAGAACUGUGAAGAGGCCCAUUGGUGUUCUCCAAGAUGUACUAGUGAAAGUGGAGUCUUUUAUCUUUCUAGUGGAUUUUGUGAUACUUGAUUGUGAGGUUGAUUUUGAGGUUCCCAUUAUCCAGUGA